CUGAGCCCCAGGUUCCCGACAACGCCCAUCCAUCAGCCAGUAUCGAUGUCAGCUAGCCAAGGAGAUAAUUCACCAGCCAGUCCCUCUUUUUAGUUUCCAUACCAUGUUUGGAGGGUUGCACUUUGCGGCUGCCGCUCCGCAAAAGCCACCCAAAGAUGUGCCCCCGCCAACCCCGGUCAACCUCCCGAGCUACCUACCGCGCUUUGCCGCUCACCAAGGUGGAGGUAUAGAUCAAGCUGAUGAUAAUGAAGGUCACCUUGACUCACCCAAGGUUCCGCUUGUCAAGCUACUACGGACUAUCAUCAGGCCUGCGGAUGUUUCCGAAAAGCAUUUCGAGGCUCUCGGGGUCCACGUGGUGCCCAAUGUUGCAAUUCAAGAGCUGAUCCCAGAUCCUUCGGUGCUGCCAAAUUUCGCCGACUGGGAAGCCAUGGAUCAUGCUCGGGCCUGUGACAUAAAUCAGUCGACAAGAGUUCGCAUAUGCAACGGCAACAUGUCUCCCGGUGUAGAGAUCUACCAGGACCGCAUGAGGGAGCUCUUAACCCCCAACGAGGCUGCUUAUCGUUCCGUCCGUCGCAUGAAGCCUGUUCCCGGACAAGUCCAGGCCCGAUUGGGCAAUUCGUAUGAGUUCUUCCGCAACCUCGAAGUUGUCUCGACCUACUGGGACGAUACCUCAGCUGUACUUGCCGGAAAGGUGGCGAAUCCUACUUCCACCGCCACUGGCGAGGUUGCCGCUCAAGGCACUACCCAGGCCGAAGGCAAUGUACAGGCAAAGGCUACGGAGGAAGUCAUUUUCUACCGCACUGGUUCAGGAACUCAGAUGCCUCCAGAGUAUAGAAUCAACGUGACGAAUUCUUUUCUGAAGCUUGUGGCUUAUGACUUUGGAUGCAGCGUCACAGGGCCGCGGAUUGAACCCAGACUAUAUCUCAAUUCUCCAUCUAUCCUGGCUCCAACCCCGGACAAUACCAGUGACCCAAAGUCAACAAGUGUGCAGGAUGUUGCGGCUCUGUCGCAGUCAGUACCAUCGCCAGGGCCCAGCAGUUACUUCUCUUCGGAUUGCACUUUCAUUUUCCGCACUCCUCGAACCCGAGAGGCGGCCCGUCAAGGCCUCUGCGAGGGUCCGGUAGCGGCCGUCUCGGCCCGCCAUACUACGACAUUCCCCCCUAGUGAUCCAACCAAUUCGACGCAGUCCACACACCCGGACUCGGUCGUCGACCUGGCUCGUGAGAUUGUGGCUGCUCUAGUCACGGCACAACAUCGAGCUCGUGAGGGCCACAUUGAAAGACGUAUUGGUAAGGAUUCUUGGUGGGCGACGAAAAAGCGCUGGGGCGGCGGCACAGGUGGUCCCAUCGGACGUGAGGUUGAGCUCAGUUCAGCAACGUCAACUAGCACGGGAACUACAGAGGGCGGCGACCGGAGAAGUAGUGGGGGCAACAAGGGGAGGUCAAGGCCUGCAGCAUCGCUAGCUGAGCCAAUCAAGUCAUCACUCGCAGGAGAAGAGCCAGCUCGACCCGUCUCUGAUCCCAACAGCGAAACUGGUCCGAACCGCAAAAUUGGCGGACCGAUCAUUCACGCCGCCUCUCCAUCAUCUUCGCCCUCACCAUCAGCAGGUGGUCGUAAAAGUAUACAGCACCACCCCAUGCCACACCUAGCGCCCCGGGUCCGCACAAAGAGUCGUCGGACAACACUGGCCAUCUACGACAAUUACCGUAUGGUACGGCCACCCGCGGCGGCGUGGGAUCCCAAGACCCGGUACAGCCCCAUUGGUCGAAUUCCUGGCGCCGACUUUGACGACAUUUUUGUUGUCAGUGCACUGUUCCAUCACAUCUCCUUCCUGCGUGUGCGCGUGCCUACGCGGCUGCUUGAGGUGCUUGACGGGGCACCUGACAAUAUGAACAAAGGCUCUACCUGUGGAGACAAGGCCCGAAGCUGGGGCGGGCUGGAUGUCUAUCGGACGCAGUGGUACGACUUGUUUCUUGCCGAAGACCGAGUUGCUGCUAUGAAGGUUGUAUGGGCUAUGAUGGCGUAUCUCAUGCGUGCUACUGAUGACGGCAAUGGUGACGAUGUCAAGAUGACUGGCACGUAA